UGAGAUUUAUCCAAUCAUCAUGUGCCAAAAAAUACAAAAAGGGGUUAGCCAGGUUUAUGGGCGUAUAGCAAAGGCCCCACCACACCUACCUGAGCAUUAGUAACCACGCCGCAUUGGAACACUGCAUAAACACAUCAAGCUGGAAGACUUGACGCUGUUGGUUGUUGCUGACCAUCCGGUAUGCGUCGAGAUGGCGAAGCAAUCCUUCACAAGUCCAAAACCCCUUUGGCGCCCACAUUUUCAUGGUGUUCCAGUUCUGGGGGAGAAAAAGACUUAGAAUCCAAAGAAAGAACGGGGUUUUUUGCCUUGUCUUACUUUCUGGAUAGCGACAACUGAGAUUCCGAGCGAUAUAUUUGGAACUGGACGAUGAAAAGGACGACAUUCUAGAAAGUCGACGUUUACACUACCCUUCCAAGACAUUGACGAUAACGACUUCUUUUGUCGUGCCACUCAGCUCUUGCUGAGCGACGCCCGCCAAGAUGGUCUCCCUCACCACAGAGCAGUCAUUGGCGGUGCUCGAAAUGCUACCGAAAUGCGCUAUGGAUUGCAUGAUGGGAGCACCCAGCACCGGCCAGGGCUCGACAGAUGUUGAUCUUUGCGCACCUCAACCUCUAGAGACCACCAACUGGGUGAUGGGUUGCAUGAAAAGCAACUGCUCAACUCCAGAAGCACUCUUUACUCAGAAUGCGACCUUGCGAGCCUGCGGUGUUGAACCUAGGAUGGAGAGGCAGUGGCUGCCUGUGAUGACGACGUUUAUGAUCCUUGCCUUCAUUGCCGUCGUGCUGCGGGUGGCCAACCGGCUUUACACGACCAAGACGUAUUGGUGGGACGAUAUCUUUUUGUCGUUGUCGAUGGCUGGCUCCUUUGCCUACGCUUCGAUUCAUUACGAGGCGAUAGGUCACGGUUUCGGACGAGAGUUUUGGUCUCUGUCGCCAGAGGAGAUAAACUAUAUUAUCGCUGGCGUAUACGCGAGCAUGCUCGUCUUCCACGCAGCUCGCAUGCUGCUGCGCCACUCGCAAAUCCUCUUCUUCCUUCGCAUCUUCGUGGUGGGCAACUCGAGGCCAAUGAUCAAAGGAACCAUGAUAGCAAAUGCUGUCCUCUCCACCGCCAUCGGUCUCAUCAUGGCGCUCCAGUGCAUGCCCGUCAGUUUCUUCUGGACGCGAUGGGACUCGACGCAGGAGGGCAAGUGCCUGAACAACCUCCAGACCCUAUGGAUCACCUCCGUCUUCACCAUGUUACUGGACGCCUGGACACUCAUCCUGCCACUGCCCUACGUGGCCAAACUGCAGUUGUCGGUGAGGAAGCGAUUCGGCAUCUCGGUCAUGCUCGCCACCGGUCUGAGCAUCCUCAUCUUCAGCAUCCUCAAGUUCUGGUCUGGUGCCAUCACAGUGGAGGAGCCCAACCCAAUGUUUACCUUUGCCCAGGUGUCGAUGUGGGCGUCGUUGGAGAUCAACGUGGGGAUUAUCUGUGCUUGCUUACCGGGUAUAAGACUACUAUUCAGCAACUUGUUCAGGCAGACGGGUUGGUUUAUGACGAGCAGUAUUAGGAGGACGGAGCAUAUUUCGCUGUCUGGGUCUCCCGACCGGAGUGGGAAGAAGUCGUGCCCGGAGUCGCAGAUUCGCAUCACGACAACUAUUCAGACCAAGGCCACGCAUGCGUUGACUGAUUCCGAGUCGCAUCUGCCUCUCCAUGCGGCGAGCUUGGGGACGGCGAUUCAUCCUGCGAGGCAAGAGCUGGGUGUGGUGGCCAAUGCUUGGGCUUGAGUGGACGUCGGAGAGGGACUGUAUAGAUAGAAUUGGAGAUACCCAUAGUGUCAUUGAAGCAAUGUUUCCGUGAAAUCGCCGUGACUAAAAGGUCGAUGUCAUUGGCAUGGUGUGAGCCUGUCAUCGUCUUUCGUCACAAAUCAGGUUCGCCGCAGAAGGAAGGCACGCCAGUAGUAGCUGCACCAGCAA